AUAACAAAAAAUGAAUGGCCUGUAUUUUGUUCAUGAUUUUUUUUUUUUUAUUAUUAUUUCCUGUAAAUAUUCAUUUCUUAUGUCACUUUGCUUCGGUCCUAAGUCACGAGCAUGGACUAUGACUAAUAGCUAUGAAAUUGCAAGUACGCGUGACGCUUAAUCUGCUUUACCCAGGAUUCCUUAUCUUUAAAGAAAAAUAAAUAAAUCUUUAAGAUUUAUCGACUUUCUACUGCUUAAGUCAUUAUCGCUACUCAAAUAUAUUUAACGGUUAUGCAUCGACGAGUCUUACUGAAGUUUCCGCACGAGUAACAAUUCAACGAUACUGAAAGCCAAUUUCGUAGGAAUGCCAAAAAAAAAAGGAACGAAGAUUAUUCACGAGCUUCCAGAUUCGAGGCGUCCUCACAUCUCCCUUGUGCACCGAAAUCUAUAAAAUAAUAUAAAUAUCUGAAGUCGGACCGAUUGAAAUUUAAGUUUUUCAAAAACAAUCAAAUGGAUCUGAACGAUAUUGAAUCUGUCAUUAAUUUUGAUAACAAUUUUUAAAAAAAUUCCACUCAAUAUCUACAUGGUCCUGCACAACACUGCACGAGUUUUAAUAAAUGAUACGUUAAUUACAAUUACAUGUUUUUGGUGCGAUAUAAAAAUUAAAUCGAGUAACCAAUAUUUAAUUGAACACAACGAAUAACAUUGUGACUGAACGUAUCAGCAGCUACAGCAGAUAAGAUGUACCAGACCGUUACUCAAACUGUAGCUCAAUGUAGAUCAAGUGUUCGUAAAGUGAAGAGUACAUAUUCAGUAAGAAAAACAGUCAAGUAGAAUUUCCUAAAAAUUAAAAAAAAAACGUCAAAUUCCCUUGCACGAAGAAUCGAUCAAAGAUAUUUCAUGAAAAGUUUUAAAGCGAUUAACUGACACGUAAAUACGAGCCUGUGAACCUCUGCCAAGAUUUCCUAUCUAAAGUGCACACGUGUUAGAAGCAGCGUUCGCAGAAACCACAAAAAGAAUUGCAUUCUCCCGUCAUACGUAGCACGAAGCGCAACGAAUGUACCACUUGUCUUUUUAACAAUUGCUAAUGUAAUAGUGAACAGCGAUAAGUGAAGAAGCGCCACAACGGUGAUAACGUCUGUAUAAAAUGUGUUAGCAUACAAACUAUAUGCUGUAGUUGAAAUUAAAAAUUGAUUCGUAUAAAUAGCCCGAGUGAUCUUCCACUACGUGAAUAAUACGACAAACACUGUCAUAUGAAACAGUGGGCGACACUGAGUUGUCCUAAAUAAUAAUUACGAGUAUCAGUAGCCAAAAGAUCGUAACACUUAAAUGAGUCAAGUGGCUGACUGGUAAAAAAAUAUAAUUCCAGACCGUGUGGGUCGUCGUACGAUCUAAGUAGCGUCAGUACGACUAGAGCGACGGAAUAGAAUGCAGAAAGAAAAUAUAAAGAAUUCGGUGGAGUUUGCGAAAGAAACUAAACACAUUCUCCUCGAUCGCGUCCGCUCGUGGUGAGGUUAGUAACCCAGUUAUCCAGUUGACCGCGGCACUCCGACUUGCCAGUACACGUUGAUCGCGUCUGGCGUUGCAGAGUUGUUUAUCGAAUUAACGGGGAAACGUGGUGCACCGAAACCAGUGGAAUACCGAUUGGAUAGGAGUCGCCGUGUGUCGGAGGAAGUGAGUGAGUGAGUGAGUGAGAGAGAGAGAGAGAGAAACAGUGUCAAGUAGAGGGAGUUGGAAGACAAGACAGAGAGAGAGAGAGAGAGAGAGAGAGAGAGAAGGAAAGAAAAAAAUAUCGGGAGACAAUAACGCAACGUAGAAGGUACGAAGAAAAGACAUAACAAAAUGACGAACGUCGAUAACGAACUGGAUGAUUUAAUGUCUCAUCUGGGAGAUUUUGGUAAAUAUCAAGCACGACAAUUCGCCCUGCACAUUAUCGCAGCGCUAACGGCAGGCCUCCAUAUGAUGACGCUACUAACGGUGGCAGCUGUCCCGCAGCAUCGCUGCGUUAUUCCCGGAUUGGACGUGAUAAACGGAGAGCCGACGGGAGUCUCUUUCGAAAAUGGCACUGGCGCGCUCGAGGAAUUGCCACGUGCUUCGGGUUCCUGUAGCUAUAUCACGGCGGAGAACGAGACGUUGACUUGCGACACCUGGGUCUACGACACGACUUACUUUCAAUCAUCCCGCGGCAUCGAGUGGAACUUUGUUUGCACGAGGCGAUGGAUGGGCGCGGUGGCACAGUCGGCGUACAUGUUUGGUGUAUUCGUCGGCGCGGUGACUUUGGGAACAAUGGCUGACAAAUAUGGAAGAAAGAAAAUAUUUUACAUAUCCUCCGUGGCGCAAUUGAUUCUCGGUGUCAUUGUGGCAUUCAUUCCUGAAUACUACACGUUCCUGUUCGUCAGAUUCUUGUACGGGGUCUUCGGCUCGGCCGGUGCCUACAUAACCGGGUUCGUCCUGACCAUGGAACUCGUCGGGCCUACCAAGAGGACCAUCUGCGGGGUUAUGUUCCAACUGGCUUUCGCAGUCGGAUUUAUGCUGGUCGCAGCUUGGGGUGCCGUUAUCAAUGAUAGAAUGUGGUUACAAAUCAUUUACGGAUUGCACAGUGCCCUGCUGGUCGGACACUGGUGGUUUAUGGAUGAGUCGCCGAGAUGGCUCUGGGCUCAAGGUCGCGUUCGGGAAGCCAUUAAAAUCAUCAAGAAAGGCCUGCUUAUUAACGGAAGCAAUAUAGAAGUCGAUGUCGCUCGUUACGUGUCCAGGAGCAAGAUACGCGAGGCUGAUGACCGGGACAGACAAUUUGGCGCCCUGGAUCUCUUCAGGACACCUAAUCUACGAAAAAAGUCGUUAAACGUCUGUCUCAAUUGGUUCGCCAAUUCCAUUGUUUACUACGGUCUAUCCUUGAACAGCGGAAAUCUUGUUGGCAAUCCGUUCCUCACGAUGUUCCUCAUGGGCCUUGUCGAACUGCCUAGCUAUUUCUUGACCAGCUACCUCAUGGAUCGUACCGGAAGACGCUCGCUGAUCAGCGCAUACAUGCUAAUUGGCGGUGUGUGCAGCAUCUGCGCGACCUCGAUUCCUCAACAAUAUUAUGGCGCAUCCGUCGCGACUAUCAGCAUCGUUAUGCUCGGCAAGGCCUGCAUUGCCAGCUCGUUUGCUAUCAUUUACAAUUACACGGCUGAACUCUUCCCCACUGUACUUAGAAACACUGCCCUAGGGAUCGGAUCGAUGUGCGCACGUUUGAGUGGUGCCCUCACGCCAAUGAUCAUGCUACUCGAUACCUUCGAUCCUAAAGUGCCUGCUACGCUUUUUGGCUUCAUCGCCAUUCUCGCUGGCUUUCUUGCGCUUUACCUACCGGAAACUCUUAAUCAACCUAUGCCGGAGACUCUGGAGGACGGUGAGAAUUUUGGAAAGGGCGACACCUGCUUUGCGUCUUGUUACGCCCGGGGUAAUCGACGUAACAAAAAAGUUAAUAAUAUUGUCAUGGUACCGGUUCCUGACAAGGAGGAUGAUAAGGGGGACUGUACUUAGGGAUUUUUGUCAGAUCCUCCAAUUAAAUUUGAAAUUUAUUUAUUUCAAAUUUUUUUUCUUUCUUCAACACUUAUUGGACAAAAUUACGCGAUGGAACUUAUAACAGGAUGUUAGAUUGAUUUUCAGUGAUAGGUGUUACUUUUUGACUAUAGACUGUUCACGGUUUUUUUUUUUUUUUUUUUUUUUUUUUUUUUUUUUUUUUUUUUUU